AUGCCGAUGCCGAUGCCGAUGCCAAUUCCGAUGCCAAUUCCGAUGCCGAUACCGAUACCGAUGCCAAUGCCAAUUCCGAUGUCAAUUCCGAUGCCGAUGUCAAUUCCGAUGCCGAUUCCAAUUUCAAUGCCAAUACCAAUAAUGAUUUCAAUGCCGAUACCGAUGUCCGUACCGAUACUGAUGCCU